AUGGGUUUUGGCGACUUCGAUGAGAUCUGCAAAAAAGCAGCGCUGCCUCUUUGUUCUUUGGUCGGCCCAUCAUCGGCGAUAUCAGGUUCCACCGGCAUCGUACCCAACUGCUAUGCGCGAAAUAUCGAGCUGGCCAACACAAUCAUUUUCGAGGGCGCUGCGUCCUUCAUCCACAUCAUUGCCCUUGGAAUGACGGUGAUCAUGAUCCUGCACAUCAGGUCCAAAUUCACUGCUGUGGGUCGGAAGGAGAUUAUCACGUUUUUCUACAUUUACAUGGCACUCACCAUCUGUUCCCUGAUCAUCGACGCGGGUGUGGUUCCACCCAGAAGUGGUCCUUUCCCAUGGUUCGUUGCCGUUCAGAACGGAUUCGCUUCCGCGCUUUGUACAUGUCUCCUCGUCAAUGGAUUUGUGGGGUUCCAACUCUAUGAAGAUGGUACUGUUCUUUCUGUAUGGCUGCUCCGGACGACAUCCACGAUUAUGUUCGCCAUCUCCUUCGUGAUUUCGAUCCUCACCUUCAAGUCAUGGGGCGGCCUGGGCCCCACAAACACCGUCGCCAUGUUCGCUGUGCUAUAUGUCAUCAAUGCGAUCUGCAUCGCAGUCUACCUAGUCAUGCAGCUUCUCCUGGUUAUGAACACCCUCGAGGACCGAUGGCCCCUCGGCCAUAUCUCCUUUGGUCUUAUUGUCUUUAUCGCUGGGCAGGUGAUCCUUUAUGCCUUUGGCGAUACGAUAUGUGACAACGUCCAGCACUACCUGGAUGGACUGUUCUUCGCUACAUUCUGCAAUCUACUAGCUGUUAUGAUGGUCUAUAAGUUCUGGGACUAUAUCACAAAGGAGGAUUUAGAGUUCUCCGUAGGAAUCAAGCCAAACAACUGGGAAGUCAAAGAGCUCCUUCCGGAAGAGGAGCGACGCGGCACCGUCUACCAAGAUACGAACUCGGAGUACGCCGGAAGCAUGUACCACCAUCGCGCCUCGACGUAUAACGGUCACGGAUAUUGA